GUUCAAUUUCCCUCCAAUUUUCCUUUUCUUUCCUCCGAUCGACGAUCGCAUUUUCGGAAGUACCCUACUCUGGCCCAACUCUCUCUCCGCGGCGCAGCCGCCUCAUUUCUACGGUCAAACUGUCGGCGAUUCCGACUCCCUUCCAGUUCCCUUCCCUGUUUGAAAUUCGGUGAAGAAUGGCCUCAACCCUCUCGAAUUCUGUUCAGUCGGGUCGGAUUCGGGUUUUGAAAGAUGCAACGGGUACUGUAGAUCGACCUGUGGGUCCGGUGGUUUAUUGGAUGUCUAGGGAUCAACGAGUAAAAGACAACUGGGCGUUGAUACACGCCGUGGACGAGGCUAACAAAGCAAAUGUUCCUGUUGCUGUGGCAUUCGAUUUAUUCGAUCAAUUUUUGGGGGCAAACUCUCGGCAAUUAGGGUUUAUGCUAAGGGGCUUGCAACAACUUCAACAUGAUCUUGAAGAAACGAUUCAAAUACCUUUCUUCUUGUUCCAGAAUAUGGGGCUUCACUUCUAGUCACAGACUUUUCGCCCUUAUGAGAAGUUCGUAAGUGUAAAGAGGAAAUUUGUAAGAGGAUAGAUGAAUCAUUUAAGGUACAUGAAGUUGAUGCCCACAACGUGGUACCCAUUUGGGUUGCAUCCGAGAAAUUGGAGUACAGUGCCAAAACUCUAAGGGCGGAAGAUAAAUAAGAAGCUCCCGUAAUACCUUAUUGAUUUCCCUGCUCUGAUUAUACCAACUAAAAAAUGG